AUACCAACGGCGACCAUCUCUGAGAUGCAGGAGGAGAAACCCUCGUUGCCGUUUAACGCAAGCUUUGACCCUUCAAACCCACUAGGGCUUUUGGACAAAGUCCUUGACUUUAUUGGGAAAGAGAGCUACUUUCUGUUGAAAGACACGGCGGAUAAAGAGAUCGCCAGUGCUGUUACGGCUGCGAAGAAGAGGUUGAGGGAAGCCGAGGAGGAGGAAGAGAGCUUGACGCCCCUUGAGAAGAAGCUGAAGCCUACGGAACCCAUUGAGGUAGAGAAGCUGAGGAAGGAAAGCUUGGAGCCUACGGAACCCAUUGAGGUAGAGAAGCUGAGGAAGGAAAGCUUGAAGCCUACGGAACCUAUUGAGGUAGAGAAGCCUAAGGAGAGGGAGUUCACGUUUGGUGCCAUUCCUAAGAAAUGGAAUGUCACGCUUGGUGAAGUUCCUAACAAAGGGAAUGGGCUUGAUUUUGAGAAAUACUCAUGGACACAGGAUCACGAGGAGGUCACAAUCACCAUCCCAGUACCUAGCGGCACCAAUCCACGGUAUGUUACCUGUGAAUUCAACACGUACCGUCUGAAAGUUUGUCUCCAAGGGGGGCAACAUACAAUCAUAGAUGGAGCACUCUUCGGUGCUGUGAAUCCUAACGACUGCUUCUGGUAUCUCGAGGAUGAAAAGGUCAUAUGGGUGCUCUUGAGAAAGCAAGACUGGCAUGGAUGGUGGAAAUAUUGUAUGAAAGGGGAGCCUGAGAUUGACACUCAGAAAGUUGACCGGAAGAGCAGUAAACUGGAUGAACUCGACCCGGAGACUCGCAGUAAAGUUGAGAAGAUGAUGUUUGAUGAAAGGCAGAAGCAUGAUUUGAAGAAGAAGUCCAUGUCUCAGAAUCAUUCUCUAAGAAUGCAGAGAGAACCAUGGUUCUGGAGGAAUCUUACGAAUAAGCGUAAGUAGUAAUAUGAUUAGGACAGGAUAACAAGUUGUUGGAGUUUACUCAAGUGAUAUGCUGAUUAUAUAUGUUAGAUCUUGCUCUAAAAAUUUAAUUAUAUAUAGGCUUCUUUGAUGCUGCUCUCUAUAGUUUGACCGUAUGAAUUAACA